CUCAGUCAUUAGGGUUGCCUUUUUUUUUUCUCCUGUCAACGUCCACGUUUGAUACCAUCAUCAUCAUCAUCAUUAUCAUUUGACCUAUACAUCCACGAUGAGCUCUGAAGCACCUCUCGUCGUCUGCUUGGGCAACCCCUUGCUCGACAUUCAAGUCGACCCCAAGCACGGACCCACCUACUUGGAGAAAUACGGUCUGAAAGCCAACGAUGCGAUUCUCGCAGAGGCGAAGCAGAUGCCAAUCUACGAUGACAUUGUUAAGAACUGUGAGGUGACUUACGUGGCUGGAGGUGCCGCCCAGAACGCUGCUCGAUCCGCUGCCUACGUCCUUCCCGCUCAAUCGGUUGCGUACAUUGGAUCAGUCGGAGACGACGACUUGAUGAAACAGCUCAAGGCGGCCAACGAAGCUGAAUCCGUCAUUUCAGCAUAUCAAGUGCAACCUUCUCCAGCGGAGACCGGAGCCUGUGCCGUCAUUCUUUCAAACCACGACAGAUCCCUCUGUACGACAUUGCGAGCCGCUGAAAUGUUCACGCCUUCUCAUUUGGCUUCUCCUGAAGUGACUCAACUGCUCAGCGGGGCGAAAUACUUUUACAUUGAAGGCUAUUUCCUCACGCACGGAAGUGCUAGCGCUCUUGAAGUUGCAAAAGGGGCCUCGAGCCGUGGAAAGACUGUAUUGCUCAACUUGAGCGCACCGUUCAUCCCUCAAUUCUUCAAGAUGCAACUUGAGGAAGUCCUGCCCCACGUCGAUAUCCUCAUCGGCAAUGAGAGUGAAGCUGCGGCUUACGGUGAGGCCGCUGGAAUGGGAAGUGCCUCGCUCCAUCAGAUCGCGUCUACCCUUGCCAGCUUUUCCAAAUCCAACGCUUCUCGACCCAGAUUGGUAGUCAUCACCCAAGGUGCCGACUCGACACUCGUCGCUUCAUCUUCUCCUUCUUCCAGCUCGUCGAACCUCAAAACCACAGAUGAGAACCCAAAGACCUACCCUGUGCCCGAACUUGAGUCUUCAAAGAUCAUUGACACCAACGGUGCCGGAGACAUGUUUGCAGGCGGAUUCAUGGGUGCUUUGGCGCUCGGAAAGGAUCUCGACGAGGCGAUUGAAAUCGGACACAAGCUCGGUCAAAUGUGCUGUGGACAGAUCGGACCUAAGCUCGAGUUCCCAAAAGUCCAGGUGGUCUAAAACCAUCGAGUGGGAGUGGAAGCCGAUUCUUCCGCUGACAAAUCAAUCCAAAGAACAAAAAGCAAAAAACGCAUCCUUCAUAGAUGACUUGUUAGAGAUGCAUCAAAACCUUCAACAGUGU